GUCUGUGGAGUCGAAUAAAGAUGGCAGGUGGCGAAGUGGAAUUAGCGCAAUCCGCCGUUCCAGGCGGUGAUACGAUAUUUGGGAAGAUUUUAAGAAAAGAAAUCCCAGCAAAAUUUGUGUACGAAGACGAACAGUGUGUGGCAUUUCACGAUGUGAAUCCACAAGCACCAACUCAUAUUUUGGUGAUUCCUAGGAAGCCUAUUGUGCAGCUUUCCAAGGCAGAAGAUGAAGAUGAGCAGUUAUUAGGGCACCUUCUAGUUGCUGCUCGUAAAGUGGCAGCUCAAGAAGGCUUGGACAAGACUGGUUUCCGCCUAGUAAUCAAUGAUGGCAAGAAUGGCUGUCAGAGUGUAUACCACCUGCACAUUCACAUCUUAGGUGGACGCCAGCUGGGCUGGCCACCAGGCUAAUUAUGUUUUUCUUUGACAUUAAUAUAAACUUUUUCUAAUUACUAAUAUAUUGUUUUAAUUUUAUUCCUUAGUUGUUUUGUGUUUAACCUACUCAAUACUUUAGAUGUCG